UUGCGUCUUUCACAGCAAGAUGUGGCCCUUGUUUAAGGAUAGCCCCAGCUUUCAAUGCUCUGAGUAACAAAUAUCCCCAGGCAACGUUUUUGGAAGUAGAUGUGCAUCAAUGCCAGGGAACAGCUGCUACCAAUAAUAUAUCAGCAACACCAACAUUUCUGUUUUUUCGAAACAAAGUGCGAAUUGACCAAUAUCAAGGAGCAGAUGCUGUAGGUUUAGAAGAAAAAAUUAAACAGCACCUGGAGAAUGAUCCUGGAAACAAUGAAGAUACAGAUAUCCCAAAAGGAUAUAUGGAUUUAAUGCCAUUUAUCAAUAAAGCUGGCUGUGAAUGUCUUAAUGAGAGUGAUGAGCACGGAUUUGAUAAUUGUUUACGUAAAGACUCUACCUACUUGGAAUCAGACUGUGAUGAGCAGCUGCUUAUUACUGUAGCUUUUAGUCAACCUGUCAAGCUUUAUUCUAUGAAACUUCAGGGGCCAGAUAAUGGGCAAGGUCCAAAGUACAUAAAAAUCUUUAUCAACCUUCCUCGAUCUAUGGAUUUUGAAGAAGCAGAAAGAAGUGAACCAACUCAAGCCCUGGAGCUGACACCAGAUGAUAUUAAAGAAGAUGGUAUUAUCCAGCUUCGCUAUGUAAAAUUUCAGAAUGUUAACAGUGUAACUUGGAGGAGGGUUGAGCCUGGAGAGGUGCAGGGUUUCAGCCCAGGCUCCGUCAUCUGCUUUCAGCACCAAUCCUCCGAACUUGGCGAACUUGAGAGCCUGGCGAGCUCUGAGAAGUGUCCUGCUCCAAGGGAGAUGCUGGUCACAGCCCGCCGCGGUCCAGGAGAGCUCCGAGGGCCUCACUCAGGACCGCUGUGUAUCGGUUAA